AUGUACUCUUACAAAGAUGUUGGCCAACGCUGUGAAGAAUGGAUAACGUAUCUUCAAGCCGGUGUUGGUAUAGUGGCAGAUAGCGAUCCAAAUGCUGAGCACCACGAAUGCGAACUCAAAGCUGCCGGCCUUGCUUUUCCAUUGACUUGGAUGAGCAUCGCAAUGGCUCGAUUGAUACGAAGCGAUAUUAGACACAUAUCUGAUGCGGCUAAUAACGCGGACUCGUUCCGAGUAUUAAGAGGCCGUGUGAGUGUUUUAAAGAUAGCUCCGGAUGCACGAUUUAUGCCGUACCUAGAGCUAGCCGGAUUUGGGUCAGUAGCAUUGAUCCGGUCCUCCGACUUGCGGUUUGAUUUAUUAUCUGUGCUAGUUGAGCGGUGGCAUCCGGAGACCCAUACUUUCCAUUUUCCGUGCGGGGAGUGCACGGUGAGCUUGGAGGAUGUUGCAGUGCAGCUUGGGCCAAUUGACGGGAGUCCCGUAACGGGAGUAUCUUCAUUCACCGAUCCGGCUGCAGUUUGCUAUCAACUCCUAGGAAAGUCACCAGAGGAUGGUGAUAAAUAUUUUUCCGGCAUAAAAUGUACAUGGCUAAAAGCCAAAAUAUGUGGAUUAUCAGCGACCGCCACUGAAGGUGAGUUGAUGUGCGCUGCUCGAGCGUACAUCAUGCAUAUGAUAGAGGCAGUACUCAUGCCUGAUGCAAACGGCGAUAGUGUGCAUUUGUCGUACAUGCCCCUGCUAGCUGAUUUCUCCACUGCUAGGUCGUAUAGCUGGGGUUCCGCCGUUCUAGCAACGCUGUACCGGGAGCUUUGUCGGGCUACAGAGUCGCAAGUUAAAGACAUCGGCGGAUGCCUCAUACUGCUGCAGUCAUGGGUGCUUUAUCGGAUGCCGUUUUUGGCACGUGUUAGUCAUCAACCCUAUCUGUAUCCACUGCCACUCAGAUGGACUACCCGUCCAGGCAUCGGGAAGUCGAGUGAUGUCCCGAUAUACCGCCUUAGGAUUGAACAGCAUGCCCAGGAAUGGUUUAUAUGGAUGCCAUACCGGAGGCCAGAAAUUACAAAUGUUGUACCCUCGUCCGCACUCGUUGAUUCCCACAUAUGGUGUACUAACACACCAAUUGUAAAUUUCAACGUCGUCGAGUGGUAUCACGGCGAUUGGGUGCUUCGGCAGUUUGGCUGCAUCCAACCUAUCCCGGAUCCGCCAAACCAGUUGGGGGAUGAUCACAGCUUGACAAAGAGAGGAAAAGUUCAAUUGGACUGGGGAAUUAAGCACCAGAAAUACGUCGCACUGUGGAACGAUUGA